AUGUCGGAACGGGUUUUGAGACGAACGACGUUUAGUGGAAGGCUUUUGCGAGCCACCUCUGAUGAAAUCGAAGAAGGUAAUCGCUAUAUAUGGAAGGGUUUGGGAAGUAUGGUGUUAGAUAUUGCUAUUGUGUUGACGGUGACGUGCUCAUUAUUCCUUUGGUUUUCAGGAAAAGGAAUAACGCCAUAUGAGCGACCUCUACCAUGUGCUGACGAGUCUAUUCGCAAUCCGUUUAAGGAAAACACGGUUGGAAUAAAGCAUCUCCUCGCGGUUUCACUAGCCUCCCCCUUUUUUAUAAUUGGUUUAGUGGAGGCUAUUAUUUAUUACAACUCAAAGGGUUCGAACCGUUUUCAAAAGUUCUUUGCUACAACUACUAUUAUUUACUUGAAGUACCUUUUGGUCUAUGCAGGUUGCACAUUUAUGAUGGAAUUUUUGAAAUGCUAUGUUGGGAGAUUGCGGCCGCAUUUCGUCUCGGUUUGUCGACCAGACUGGUCUAGAGUUGAUUGUAGUAAUCCAAACUCUUUUAUCGAACCUAAAGAUUUGAUUUGCACGAAUCCGGAAACGCGUCGCAUUCGUACUGCUCGAACAUCUUUUCCAUCUGGGCACACUGCUGCUGCAUUCCACGUUUUCUUUUUCCUUUACAUUUAUUUACAAAGAAUCGCUAAAACCGUCAAUCUACCACAUGUAACAUUGGUUCGAAAUGUGUUCAUUCCCAUUUAUGGUAUUUGGGCAGUUUUUACCGCAGUUACCAGAGUGACCGACUAUUGGCACUUUCCCACCGACGUGCUUGGUGGAUUCAUCCUAGCAAUUGUUUUUGUAGCUCCCGCUUUUUUCAAAUCUUGGACAAGUAUGCCACUUCCAAAAUUUGAGUUGCUUAACAUAACUGAUAAUGCUGAGGGAUGGGGGCCACCACCGUCAACGACUUCGGACAACGAAGUGUUCCAACAGUUCAACAAAGGGGACCGUAUUGGACGAGUGGCGGAUUGGCUAGGAGUUGACCGCAUGUAUCGUCGGGGUAACGAUCGCUAUAAUGAGCGUGUAUACGGAUCAGCUGCUACUGCGGGAAGCCAAUUCGAUUAUGUUCACGGAUUGGAUGAAAAGAGCUUCCAAAUGGUGGAUAGCUCAAGACCAAUUCAGCGUAAUGCUCCACGCAACUUCCGUACGCGUCAAAUACAAUUACGAAAGCUAAUGCAAAAAGAACUUGAAAAACGCGAGUUCGCAAGCCAGACCCAAAACUUGCGUAUGAAGAGAAGUAUUGCCAAAGAGCAACAAAAGGCUUUCAAAAUGUGGCAACGACGUGGAGGAAAUGCUCGACAAGGUCAUCGUAAUGGGCGCCUUGGAGGCGAUCGUCCAAAAGAACGUCUUCCAUCUGUACAAGUUCGCUCCGAAUGGACUGUCUUAGAGGAAAUGAAUCUUUCCGCAUUCUCGAAACUUGCUCUUCCUAGUGUCAACCCUGGAGAGGACAUUGGUGACCAUCAAUAUGGAAUACUGCAAUACUUUGAUAAAGCAGUUGAUCGCGCCACUGUGAAGAACGCAAUUCCGCUACAGCGAUGCGCUGGGGUCUACUAUCAUGAAACCACAACUGAGGAUGCGGUUAUCCAGGAGCUUGCACAAACUGGUGUUGGAAACGUAUUUGGAACAGAUAUAAUCUUGGCAACAUUGAUGACCGCUCCAAGGUCGGUUUACUCGUGGGACAUUGUUGCCUACCGAGUUGGAGACAAGCUCUUCUUCGACAAGAGAAACACCAGAGAUAUUUUGAAUCCUGUUGAGACUUUGACUGUGUCGGAGACCAGCACCGACCCACCACCAUUCGAUGGGGCUGGAAUCAACAAUGGAAAAGAUCUCGCCACUGAAGCAUUCUACAUUAAUCAGAAUUUCCGCCGUCAAAUUGUCAAGCGAAACGAAGAAGGCUACAAGAUGGCUCACCCAGAGCCACCUUUCGAUGAUGAGGAGGCCGGAGAUAAUGGAACUGGUUACAGAUAUCGAAAAUGGAAUCUUGGAACUGGUGUUGAUGGAAAGCCAGUCGAACUCGUUGUAAGAACGGAGCUUGAUGCUGUCAUGAUGGGACCAAAAAACAAUGUUCAGUUCAUGACAAUCAAAGCGUUCAAUGAAUGGGAUAGUUCGCUUUCAGGAGGAGUUGACUGGAGAACCAAGCUAGAUGUUCAAAAGGGAGCUGUGUUAGCUACUGAAAUCAAAAACAACAGUGCUAAGGUGGCCAAGUGGACUCUGCAGGCUUUGUUAGCUGGUGCGGACAUUAUGAAACUUGGCUAUGUUUCGCGAGCCAACUUCCGUUCGACUCAAAAUCACGUAAUCUUGGGUUCACAAUAUGUCAAGCCGAUGGAAUUCGCUAACAACAUUUCACUCAGUAUGGAUAAUUGCUGGGGAAUUCUUCGCUGUGUUAUUGAUAGCUGUAUGAAACAAAAACCGGGCAAGUAUUUGCUGAUGAAAGAUCCACAGGCUCCAAUUAUUCGUCUUUAUGCGCUCCCUGAUGGUACUUUCGAGAGUGAGCAUGACGAAUCUGAGGAGGAAUCUUCUGACGAAGACCAGUAA